UGCAAGGAAUGUCCUUUUAUGACAGAAUUAUCCACAGCAAACUGAGGGGUUAUAUUUAGCUCUUGUUUUCAAACACAGUGACCCCAUUAGUCGGCCAAGUAAGUUGGCAACCACGUGUGGUAUAAAUACCUUUGCCUGCAGGCUGUGAAGGUGGACCUUUAAUAUGGCUUGCAAAGAAAAAGAAAGGGAGAACUCUAAAGUCAGUGUCUUAGAUCUUUUAGUGGCGCAUACUAAGAAGACUGAUGUGAGUUUAGUGGACGGUGUGGUGCCUGACACAGUCCUUAUUGUGGAGACAGAGUCUUUUUUAGUGAACCGGAAAAAGCUGGCAGACUUCAGUCCAUAUUUCCGUGCCAUGUUCUAUGGUGGCGGUAAAGAGAGCACUAAAAGACAAAUUGUGAUUAAUGGAGUACAUGAAGAGCAGUUCCGCAUACUCAUGGACUUUACAAAGACUCUUAAAUUACCUCUGAAUAGACAAAAUGUUCUGGGAAUCUUGGAGGCAGCUGACUAUCUUCAGAUGGAAAAGGCCAGACUACUUUGCUGCAAGUUCCUUGAGAGGGAGCUACACCUAAGCAACUGUUUGGGCAUGAUGGCAUAUGCUUGGCAGUUAGGCUGCCUGGAACUAUAUGCUGCAGCCAGAGAUGUGGCCCUCACCCACCUACCUGCUAUAGCAUCUGACGAAGACUUUCUGUAUCUCUCCAAGGAGAGCGUGGCAGAUCUUCUUGCUAGUGACGACCUGUUCAUACCUCAAGAGGACUUGGCCUUUGAAGUGACUUUGCGAUGGGCGACCUUUGACCCCGCCAACAGGGAGGACGACUUCAUGGAGCUGAUUGGACUAGUGCGUCCAGAGUCCCUGACUCUUCCCUACCUCACAAGCCUGCUGACCCGGCUCAAAGGUUCUGACCCGAGAGCCAAGCUCAUCUGCAGACUCAACGACAACAUCCCCGCCAGCUGGACGGCGGGCCGCUCCAUGCCUCGUGGCCGCUCAAAAGAGUCCCUGUUUCUGAUUGGUGGGCCACAUGACGUCGAGGCACAGCCACUGUACCAGUUCAAUCCGCGCAGCAGCAGGUGGCAGUGCUGCGCUCCGAUGAAGAGGAAGAACCUCACCCAGUACUCAGUCGCAGCAGUAGAGGACAAUAUGGUGGUCACAGGGGGCUACUUCCGUGACAUCGGGUGGUACAGUGUGGACUGGGUGCAGAUUUACCGGUGCGCAAAUGGGCGCUGGGCGGACGGACCGGCGCUGCAGAAGUCCAGACACAGCCACUGCUCUGUCGGCGUGGGCAACAGGCUCUAUGUGCUGGGCGGCAGCAUGGACGAGGGGGUUGUGGACAGCGUUGAGGUGCUGGUGCUGGGGUCGGACGCCUGGGUGGAGGUCAGCCCCAUGGUGUGUGCGGUGGAGAGAGCGGCCAUAGUCACCAUGGGCUCCUGCAUCUACGUGGCCUGUGGGCUGGAUGAGAACGGGGAGGUGUAUAGUGGGAUUCAGCGCUACCAGAUGAAGACUGACCAGUGGGAUGUUGUCGUGCAUUGCCCUCAUCCACGCUAUGACCUUCUGGCGACGGAGCUGAACGGUGCUCUCUAUCUCUUCGGAGGACAGGCCUUGCGGCUGGACAUAGACACAGAUGAGUGGACCUUGCUGGAGGAGGAGUGUCUAGACAGGAAGUUUUUCACUGGAUGUGCCACCACCAGUGGGCAAAUCUACCUAUUGGGUGAGAGAAGGCUGAAGAACAUUCCCAACAUGGUUCUCUUUGAUCCAUACAUUGACACUUGUAUUGAGAUAGAUGACGCAAUACCCUGUCCAGUUCCAAUACACGGAUGUGUCUCUAUCCGCAUGAUAAACUAUUAAAACUCAGAAUAGUUUUUCUGACUUUUGCAGCCUCUGGCUUAUUGUAUUCAAGAAAUGUUUUCAUCUUGUCAAGUCAUUUUACCUUUUGUGUAUUACAAUGCACCAAGUUUUGGGUGCAUUUUAAUUGGUUCGUAAAAAGAUGUCAAGCACUACUUAUACCAAAUUGAUGGUAAGGACGUUGAAUGAUAUUUAAUGUCUUGAUUCAAGAUUUGAUUAUUGUUCCAUUUCAUUAUACAUGUAUAAGACGAGUAAAAACUUUGUUUCGGCUCCUCUUGCAGCAAAAAAAUAAAAAGAAAUACAGGACUGAUAGACAGGAAAUUGUCUGUGCCUGAAAUUAUCAAAUACAUUCAAAGACAAUAUAGAGAAUAGCCUUUCUUGACUCCCUUCUUGGCGAGCUCAAACCUGAAUUCAGGCACCACGCCUGAACUCUAUCAGGCCUGUAAAUAACAAGAGUAUAAUAUACGCUUGCUGUGGGUGUUGGGCUGUUGCUGUAGUAGAUAUAUCUGUGUAAGACAUACAGUAGUGUUUGUAUGGGGGUGGGUGGUGGAUAACAGGCUCUCUUUGUCCAUUGUACAUGAGCCUUGUUGAGCUAUACUGAGCCUGCAGGUCUGGGCUUAAGAAACAGCAUAGUUGUGCUGUGCAUAUUGUAGUCUACUUGUCAACUUUGACCAACAGCACAAAUAAAUAUUUGAUUUAUAUCAAUGUGUAGUUGACAUAAUUUUCAAAACAAACAAACAAACAAAUAUUUUUGAAAGAU